AUGAGCAAUAUUCAUGUCCAAGGAACUUCGGACUUGUCCAAGAUCGAGGCCCCAAUCACGUGGAAAGCUUACCUCAUUUGCGUGUCGGCGGCCUUCGGAGGCAUAUUCUUUGGCUAUGAUAUUGGGUGGAUGUCAGGUGUUUUAGGAAUGCCAUACUACAUCCAGCAGCACACAGGCAUGCAGUACGACUUCACCACUGGCGCCCCAGUCGACAAUUCUCGACCUUUUGCCAUUUCAUCCAGGGACAAGUCGCUCAUGACGUCUAUUCUGUCCCUUGGGACCUUCUUAGGCGCGCUUAUAGCCGGAGACUGUGCAGAUCUGAUCGGGCGUCGCAUGACAAUCGUGAUGGGCUGUGGCAUCUUCUCAGUUGGGGUUGCGCUUCAGAUUUCCGGCACCGGACAACUCGUCUUAAUGACGAUAGGGCGUUUGGUCGCAGGCUUAGGUGUUGGCUUCGAAUCUGCGGUCAUCAUCUUGUACAUGUCCGAGGUAGCGCCAAAGAAAAUUCGCGGAGCCGUAGUAUCUGCAUAUCAGUUUUGCAUAACAAUCGGUCUCCUACUCGCCAACUGUGUCGUUUACGCUACGCAGAAUAGGAGCGACUCAGGUUCUUACAGAAUUCCCAUAGGAAUACAGUUUCUGUGGGCAAUAGUGCUUGCCGGUGCACUUACAGUUCUCCCUGAGUCACCUCGAUAUUUCGUCAGAAAAGGCAACGUGGAAAAGGCAACCAAAGCACUCUGUUUCAUCCGCGGCCAAGCCGCAGAUUCCGAAUACAUCCGAGAUGAGAUUGCAGAAAUUCUUGCCAACUUCGAGUACGAGUCAGCCAUGGUCUCCAAGAAUGGCUACGUCCAGUCAUGGCUGGUUUGUUUCAAGGGUCCAAUCUCGAAGCCUCAUUCGAACAUCAGAAGGACCAUAGUCGGAGCCGGUAUCCAGGGAAUGCAACAGCUCACUGGCAUGAAUUUCAUUUUUUAUUUCGGAACCACCUUCUUCCAGCAACUCGGCACCAUUCAGAACCCAUUUCUCAUUUCCUUGAUAACCACCCUAGUCAACGUUUUGUCGACGCCGCUGGCAUUCUGGACCAUUGAACGCUUUGGACGCCGACCUUUGCUGAUCUACGGGGGCGCGGGCAUGGUCGCUAUGCAAUUUACCAUCGGAGCGGUUGGCACAGCGCAGCCGAACAACGAAGCCGCGGUGAAGGGCAUGAUCGCACUCAUCUGUUUUCAGAUCUUUUUCUUCGCCACAACUUGGGGGCCUGCGGCCUGGGUGGUUGUUGGAGAAGUCUUCUCGUUGCCAAUCCGUUCUCGCGGAGUGGCCAUAUCGACCGCGUCCUGCUGGUUCUGGAACUGCAUUCUGGCGAUCAUCGCUCCGUACAUGACCGGCGACGAAGAAGGUGCAGUAAACUUGGGCCCUAAGGUGUUCUUCUUCUGGGGAUCUCUAUGCUUCCUCGGAACUCUUUUUGCAUACUUCCUGGUUCCUGAGAUGAAGGGACUUUCUCUGGAACAAGUUGACCGCAUGCUCGAGGAGACCGAACCUAGAAAAAGCGCCAAGUGGGUUCCUCGGACUACGUUUGCCAAUGAGAUGGGUCAUUUGCAAAAGUUCAAUGGCAGUGUUCACAGCGACACGAUCAAGGAUGGAUCCGCUUGA